UGUUCCUCUAAGUCGUUCAAGCUGUACUCGCCAAAGGAGCCCCCGAACGGCAACGCCUUCCCCCCCUUCCACCCGGGCACCAUGCUGGAUCGAGAUGUGGGUCCUACUCCCAUGUACCCACCGACGUACCUGGAGCCUGGGAUUGGGAGGCACACGCCGUAUGGGAACCAGACUGACUACAGGAUAUUUGAGCUCAACAAGCGGCUGCAGAACUGGACAGAGGAAUGUGACAAUCUGUGGUGGGAUGCCUUCACCACGGAGUUCUUUGAAGAUGAUGCCAUGUUAACAAUCACUUUCUGCUUGGAGGAUGGACCAAAGAGAUACACAAUUGGCCGGACUCUGAUUCCCCGUUACUUCCGCAGCAUCUUUGAAGGGGGGGCCACAGAGCUCUACUACGUGCUCAAGCACCCCAAGGAGUCCUUCCACAACAACUUCGUCUCGCUAGACUGUGACCAGUGCACCAUGGUCACACAGCACGGCAAGCCCAUGUUCACCCAGGUGUGUGUGGAGGGGCGGCUCUACCUGGAGUUCAUGUUCGAUGACAUGAUGAGAAUAAAGACAUGGCAUUUCAGCAUCCGCCAGCAUCGAGAGCUCAUCCCUCGCAGCAUCCUUGCCAUGCAUGCACAGGACCCCCAGAUGCUGGACCAGUUAUCCAAGAACAUCACCCGCUGCGGGCUCUCAAACUCCACACUCAACUACCUCCGACUCUGUGUAAUCCUAGAACCAAUGCAGGAGCUCAUGUCACGGCACAAGACCUACAGCCUCAGUCCCCGAGACUGCCUCAAGACUUGCCUCUUCCAGAAGUGGCAGCGGAUGGUUGCUCCGCCUGCGGAGCCAGCACGGCAGCAGCCAAGCAAGCGCCGGAAAAGGAAGAUGUCGGGUGGCAGCACUAUGAGCUCUGGUGGGGGAAACACCAACAACAGCAACAGCAAGAAGAAGACCCCAGCCAGCACCUUUGCCCUGUCCAGUCAGGUACCUGUAAGCAUCCCGUUUCCAUUCUCUCUUCCUGCGCCGGGGUGGAGGGGAGGGCUCUUUGCCCCAGCCCCUGGGAUUGUCUAGGGCCAGACCCCUGAAAACUGCCUGUCCAAGCC